CCGACCAAUGGGAGCGCUCGUUUCCGAGGCGGGCUGUGUGGCGCUGAGGAAGCCGUUCCAAGAUGGCGGCUCCGCCGGGUCCGUCCGCUCUGAGCCCGGCUCCGUGUCCGCCUUUAAGCGUCGAUUUGGGCCCGUCCUCGUCGUACCGGCCGUUCGAUCCCGUGUCGUUGGGGCUGGAUCCGAGUUGGAGACUGACGAGUUACAGCGAGUUACGGGGAUGAGGCUGCAAAGUGCCCGAGGAAACGUUGCUGCGGCUGCUCCGGGAACUGGGGGAAACUCGGGGCGGAACCGCGGCCGGGAACGGGGCGGAACGGGGGGGGGGGAACGGAGGAACCGGAACCGGAACAACGAGCGGGGAUGGAGAUGGGAGAGAUGGGAGCGAACCGACUUUGGUGGGGGGGCUGCCAACUGGUGUGUGUCAGAGACAGGAGUUUAUAGUCCCCGAUAGCGCCGUGCCCGGGGACGUGCUGGUGCUGACCAAACCUCUGGGCACUCAGGUGGCCGUCACUGCGCAUCAAUGGCUGGACAACGUGAGUUAUGGGGUCUAUGGGGUCUUAACCCCAUUGAUAUCAAUGCGUGCCUCAAACCGGCCGCUGGGGGGCGCUGUGGUGUUGGUACCCCCCAUCCCACGAGGGGCGCGAGUCAUUGAGAAACCACGGCUCAUCGAGGUGCCCCCCCCGGAACCACCCGCUAAUUAGAGUAAUUAACAGCCUCGUUAACGACACACAACACCCAUGUACACCCACUGAUAGAAGAGAUCCCCCCCAGGACCGUUAAUUAGCUCGUUAAUGGGCUCUAAUUAGGCCCCCCCCCACCCCCAUGAGGAGCUCGAGUCAUUGAGAAACCACGGCUCAUCGAGGUGCCACCCCCGGAACCAUCCGCUAAUUAGACUCAUUAACAACCUCAUUAAUGACAUACAACACCCACUGUGCCCAUAGAUGGAAGAAAUCCCCCCUUGAGCUGUUAAUUAGCUCGUUAAUGAGCUCUAAUUAGCCCCCCUCCCCAAGCCAAGACACUGAGAUACACUGAUGGAGGAGCCCCCCCCUCAAUGAUCCCCUGUUAAUUAGCUUAAUUAACAGCCUCAUUAAGGACAUAUGACACCCAUGUACACACACUGAUAGAAGAGACCCCCCCAGGGCCGUUAAUUAGCUCGUUAAUGAGCUCUAAUUAACCUCCCUCCCCAUUAGAGACCGUAAUUAACAGGGACUCAUUAACCCCCCCAUUAGAGCCUCUAAUUAACGGGGCCUAAUUAACUCCCCACAUUAAAGCCAUUGAUUAGCAGGGGCUCAUUAAUUACCCCCCCCAUUAGAGCCCCCUAAUUAAUGGGGCUCAUUAACCCCCCAUUAAAGCCCCUAAUUAGCGGGGCCUCAUUAACCCCCCAUUAGAGCCGCUAAUUAACGGGGACUCAUUAAGCCCCUAAUUAAUGGGGGCUCAUUAACCCCCUCCCCCAUUAAAGCCCAUAAUUAACAGGGUUCAUUAAUUACCCCCCCCAUCAGAGCCCCUAAUUAACAGGGGCUUGUUAAUUACCCCAUCAGAGCCCCUAAUUAGCAGUGCUCUUUAAUUACACCAUUAGAGCCCCUAAUUAACAGAGCUCGUUAAUUACCCCAUUAGAGCCCCUAAUUAGCAGUGCUCUUUAAUUACACCAUUAGAGCCCCUAAUUAACAGUGCUCGUUAAUUACCCCAUUAGAGCCCCUAAUUAAUGGGGCUCAUUAAUUACCCCAUUAGAGCCCCUAAUUAACGAGGUUCGUUAAUUACCCCCCUAUACCCGCAGUGUGACGCCCCCCCCCGAAACCCCUUAAAGGAGUGGGGGGGGGCUGAGGACCCCCGCGGGAAUGGGGGGAAAUGGGGCGUUUUGGGGUAAAAAAGGGCAAUUUUGGGGCAAUUAAUGGACAGUUUGGGGUAAAAAAGGGCCAUUUUGGGGUAAUAAAGGGUCGUUUGGGGGCAAUAAUGGCUGUUUUGGGGCAAUAAAAGGUUGUUUUGGGGUAAAUAAAGGCUGUUUUGGGGUUGAUUUGGGGUGAUAAAAGGCCGUUUUGGGGUAAUAAUAAAAGCCAUUUUGGGGUAAAAACAGGCUGUUUUGGGUAAUAAAUGGUCAGUUUGGGGUAAUAAAGGGCCCUUUUGGGGUAAAAAAGGGCAAUUUUGGGGCAAUUAAAGGACAGUUUGGGGUAAAAAAGGGCCAUUUUGGGGCAAUUAAUGGACAUUUGGGGUAAAAAAGGGCCAUUUUGGGGCAAUUAAUGGACAGUUUGGGGUAAAAAAGGGCAAUUUUGGGGUAAUAAAAGGGCAGUUUGGGGGCAAUAAAGGCUGUUUUGGGGCAAUAAAAGGUUGUUUUGGGGUAAAUAAAGGCUGUUUUGGGGUAAAUAAAGGCUGUUUUGGGGUUGAUUUGGGGUAAUAAAAGGCCAUUUUGGGGUAAUAAUAAAAGCCAUUUUGGGGUAAAAAAAGGCUGUUUUGGGUAAUAAAUGGUUAUUUUGGGGUAAUAAUGGGCCUUUUUGGGGUAAAAAAGGGCAAAUUUGGGGCAAUUAAAGGACAGUUUGGGGUAAAAAAGGGCAAUUUUGGGGCAAUUAAUGGACAUUUGGGGUAAAAAAGGGCAAUUUGGGGGCAAUUAAUGGACAUUUUGGGGUAAAAAAGGGCCAUUUUGGGGUAAUAAAGGGUCGUUUGGGGGCAAUAAAGGCAGUUUUGGGGCAAUAAAAGGUUGUUUUGGGGUAAAUAAAGGCUGUUUUGGGGU